AUGUCAGCUCCGACGACGAAAGCACCGGUGGUCCGAAGCCAUUCCACGUCAUCUCGUCCCUCGAGAGCAACCUCGGAACUUCCCCAUCGAACACGGAGUGUGGCAGUCCGUCCCUCCAACACAGCCCAGCCUCCCCCCGGUCACUCUUCACAUUCGAAAACAUCCCACGACCGACGCCCCCCUUCGAAUCACGCUCAACUGGACUCUGUCGCCCGACGCGACCUGGAGGCGUCCAAUGUUGCCCGAGUGCCGUCCCGUCGUGAGGCGUCAUCCGACCGAUCCCAGGAACGCCCCUCCACCGCUCGCACGGAAAGUGCCCGACACCAAAGGAACCCCUCAUCGGGAGGUCGUCAAAGAGAUAGCGUCGAUAUGACUCCGAGUUCAAACGUCCAAGAAACCUUGCAGGAUGCGACCGCCGCAAAUGCCGCGGCCGCAACGGCUCCCCCUCGCCGACGGACUACAAUCACGACCCCGACAGGGCAAUGGGCUCUGGGCAAAACGAUAGGUGCAGGAAGUAUGGGAAAGGUUAAAUUAGCGAAAAACACCGAGACUGGGGAACAGGUUGCCAUCAAGAUCGUGCCACGACUUUCGACCGAGGAGCACCGUACCACCCGGGAAACAGAAAGAGCCGACCGUUCAAAGGAGAUUCGGACGGCUCGAGAGGCCGCCAUCGUCAGUCUGGUGAACCACCCUUACAUCUGCGGGAUGCGGGACGUGGUCCGAACGUCAUACCAUUGGUACAUGCUAUUUGAAUAUGUCAAUGGCGGGCAAAUGCUGGAUUAUAUUAUCUCGCACGGCAAGCUCAAAGAAAAACAGGCUCGCAAGUUCGCACGUCAAAUCGCCAGCGCAUUGGAUUAUUGUCACCGAAACAGCAUCGUCCAUCGCGAUCUGAAGAUUGAGAAUAUCCUGAUCAGCAAGACCGGCGAUAUCAAAAUCAUUGAUUUCGGUCUCAGCAACCUUUUCUCUCCAAGAAGCCUGCUGAAGACGUUCUGUGGUAGUCUUUAUUUCGCUGCGCCGGAGCUGCUGCAGGCCAGACAGUAUACGGGUCCUGAGGUCGAUGUAUGGAGUUUCGGAAUCGUGCUCUAUGUCUUGGUUUGCGGAAAGGUACCAUUUGAUGACCAGAGCAUGCCUCAGUUGCACGCCAAGAUCAAGAAAGGUGCCGUGGAGUAUCCUCCGGGUCUGACUGCUGAAUGCCGUCACAUCAUCUCACGCAUGCUGGUCACCGAUCCGAAGCAGCGUGCCAGCUUAACCGAAAUUAUGAACCACCCAUGGAUGAAUAAGGGCUUUAGUAACCCCCCAGAAAACUACCUGCCUCAGCGUGAGCCUUUGCAGCUGCCCCUCGAUCAGGAGGUGAUCGAGAAGAUGACCGGCUUCGACUUUGGGUCCCCAGAGUAUAUAACAGCCCAAUUGACAAAGGUCCUCGAGUCAGAAGACUACCAUCAUGCGAUUCGUCUGAAUUUCCGCGAACAACAGCCUGUCUCUAACCAUCCGGAGCGCAAGCGGGGAGUCUUUGACUUCUACAAAAGGCGGAAUUCUGCCGCAAGUCGCGAUACUCUUUCUGCCCCCUCAGCCGAGGCUGUGCAACUCGGCAAUGACCCACUGAAUGCUUACAGCCCGUUGAUAUCUACCUACCAUCUUGUCAAAGAAAAGCUUGACCGCGAACGCUCAGAGGCGCGCCCUGGAGCCCUUGGCCUGCGCCAGACCCCCAGCGAGGUCCAUGUGGCUGAUCUACGACCCCCAGAGGCUGCUCAUACCAACCAAUACCAGCUGGCAGGAGAGAAAGACACAGGACGGCGAUCUCGGCCUCGGGCUCGAACCCAUGGUGAAGAAGACGUCAUCGAAGGAAUCAAGUCCCAUCAUGCUUCUUCGCCGUCUGCACAUGCAGUUCCAACUUCGCAACCCGAUACCCCUGCAAAGAAAGAAAGCACGGCGGCUGGUAUCUUGAGGAGAUUCAGCACUCGCAGAAUCAAAGACCGCAGCCGCGAUGUCGAACGCGAACGAACCAGUACUCCAAACACGCCCACACUCAAUGUCCAACCCCCUGCCGAUUCGGCGUCUCCGAUGCACCGUGGCUUCAGUGUUAGAAGAACUCGGCGGGGAGAGCCAUCUACAAUUGGCACUUCUUCGAAUGACAGCCGUCCACAGCAGGAUCAUCUAGCGGCUCCUGGAUCAGGUGACCGUAACGCUCGGUCAAACAAGUUCUUGGAGAGGUCCACUAGUGUCAAUUCGGCGGAUUACCGACCCCGGCGGGCCGCGCGGAGAAGUGAUGCCGAAGCACUGGAUGUUUCUCCAGACCCUCAAGAACCUUCUACCAGUGGCUCUGAUCAAGUUGGCGCCAAUAACCAGAAAGAUGCGGCUCCCCCACGCACCGGUGGACGUACCCACACCGCGCGCACCAUGUCACUGGGUCAUGCCCGAAGAGAGAGCAUUCAGGCCCGUCGGGCUCGCCGCGAGGCUACCCGAGAGGCCAAUGUACCCGAAGAGACGGACGCAGACAUAUCCGGCGUUGGCACAGCCCUGGAGAGUGCCAACGAGGGAGAAGAUCUUUCCAAGCCCGUGUUCCUCAAGGGACUGUUCAGUGUCUCAACUACCAGCAGCAAGCCAUUGCCGGUCAUUCGCGCCGAUAUCAUCCGUGUCUUGCGACAACUCGCAGUUGAGUAUGUCGAGAUCAAGGGCGGGUUCAGUUGUCGCCAUGCUCCCAGCAUCGACCUCGAGAAAGUGGUUGAUGUCGCCCCUCCCAGUCCCGAGCGUCAGGGGCCAUCCUCUGGACACCGCCGUCGGAUCAGCUUUGGUGGUUUACUCAACCACGAUGACAGCCGUGAUGACAGCCGCGCGGGAUCAUCUAAACUCCGACAUGCCCAAGCCGCGCCGGACCGCAGCUUCACCACCAACUCGGACGUUUCGGAAGAAUAUAUUGCUCGGGACCAUGGGGCCGGUGAACGUGUCGUUGGUGAGACCACUACUCGCGUUCAGAGUGAUACCGGUGAGAACCUGGUUCUCCGGUUCGAGAUCUUGAUCGUGAAGGUCCCGCUCUUCUCUCUCCAUGGUAUUCAGUUCAAGAAGGUAUCAGGUGGUAUGUGGCAGUACCGGGAGAUGGCUAAGAAGAUCCUUGAUGCCCUGAGGCUAUAA